AUGGUAGUUGUUGCUGAAUCUAACUGGGGGAUUCCGGCGUUGAAGCGGAGCUGGUAUUUAGUAAAAGGGAUGAGAUCGGUUUCAGUGUCAUUGUCGUCGCAUUUUUUAAUAUUUUUUGGGUCGUAUUUUUUGAUAUUUUUUGGGUCUUUGGUGAUGCUGUUUUCGUACAAUGUGCCUGAAACUGUUGAUGCGUGGAGUAUUCUGAACAUGAUCUGGUUGACGAUAACUGGUUCCUUGAUGCCGAUGAUGUGGUCGGUUGUCAACGCUGUGUUGUAUAUGCACUGCAAGGCUUUUCAUGGUGAAUUGGCACUUGGGAUUGAUGAGGGGUUUGAUCACCAUUACAUCAUCUUGCCUUCCGAUGAUGAUAAGAUCCAUUGUGUUGACGUUGUCACUGUUGUGGCAGCUUGA